CCGGGGUCCUGAGGCGUAGCAACAUUUGAAGCCACAUACACCUCCAGAACAUCGCUGGCCGGAUCGAAUAAAAUAGUCACCCUUGUCAAUAUCCAAACACUCUUCUACCGGACGAAUAUGGCGAAAGAAAUGACCUCCGUCGUCUUCGCGAAGCGACCCACGGGAGAUAUUGUGCCUGGGGAGACUUUCCGCGUUGAGUCCAGCCCGGCGCCAACGGAGGCAGAUCUCAAGGAUGGAGAGGUGCUCUUCGAGACAUACUACAUCUCGCUGGAUCCGUCAAUGCGUGUUUGGUUGAGAGAGACCGCUUCAUACCUACCCCCAGUCCAGAUCGGAGAGGUGAUGAGAGGUGUCGGCGCCGGUCGCAUUCUGGCAUCUAAGAACCCAGCUUUCAAGACGGGUGACUGGGCAACGGGAUUUCCUGGGUGGAAGGAGGUGGCCGUGCUUGGCCCUCGAGAGGUCUACCAGGCACCAUUGCUCCCCGGCGUGGAGGUGCCCGAUCUCCUGGGAGCCCUGGGCAUGACUGGCUUGACCGCCCUGCUGGGACUGGACAAGAUCGGGCAGCCAAAGGAAGGAGAGCUCGUUGUGGUCUCGGGAGCAGCGGGUGCAACUGGGUCCAUUGUGGGCCAGAUCUGCAAGCUGAAGGGGUGCCGUGUCGUUGGAAUCGCAGGCACAGACGAAAAGUGCGCCUGGCUGAAGGAGGUUGGGUUUGAUGUCGCCUUGAACUACAAGGCGCCUGAUUUCCGUGACCAGUUUCUCGAGGCGACCAAGGACAAAAUUGACCUAUACUGGGACAAUGUUGGCGGUGAAAUCCUCGACAUGGCCCUGGGUCAAGCAAAGCUUCGGGGUCGGAUCGUGAAGUGCGGAAGCAUUGGUGAAUACAAUGGCGGAAAGGAGUCUGGAGAGCUCAUGAAGAACCUUGGCCGGAUAUCAUCGAUGCGGCUACGGAUGGAGGGCUUCAUUGUGCUCGAUUUUGCCGCGGACUUCCCAGAAGCGAUGAAACAGAUGGCUGUGUGGGUUUCGAAGGGCCAGGUCAAAGCCAAGAACACGAUCGUAAAGGGUGGGCUAGAAAAGGCACCUGAGGCGCUCGCAGGCCUCUUCAAGGGCGUCAACACAGGUAAACUUGUCGUCGAGGUGAAGGAGCCGGAGCCAGCGUCAUAGGCAAGCUUCUGUCAGCAGGAAGAGAAUCCGCGGGCGGCGGGCAGUCUGAAUUCUGAGCAAGGAGAAUUCGGCAGAAUCUGGAAGCAAAUUCAGUUCCAGACAAUUGGUCAACUGUUGUCAGAUUCACGGUGGUGGCCACUGUCCCCGGCAGCCAAAAUGCGCAGAGCUGCUGUGGUGCGAGCCUUCUUGGCCGGCGGAAGCAACAACGGAUAUCCUGUAGAUUUUCUGCAUGCCACGGAACUCUCCGUUCUCCCCAAUGCAAUGAACCGCAAAAUGACUGAUUCUGGCGAACUUCAAAUGUGAAGAGGGAG